AUGGAUACCACCCUGACUAUAAGCAAUAGCUCCAGGUUCCAGGUGUCUGAGUUCAUCCUCAUGGGGCUCCCAGGCAUUCACACCUGGCAGCACUGGCUCUCCCUGCCCCUGGCUCUGCUCUACCUCUUAGCUCUCGGUGCCAACAUCCUCAUCUUAAUCACCAUCCAACAUGAGCCUUCCCUGCACCAGCCCAUGUAUCGGCUCCUUGGUAUCUCGGCUAUAGUGGACAUUGGCCUGGCUACCACCAUCAUGCCCAAGAUCCUGGCCAUUCUCUGGUUUGAUGCCAAGGCCAUCAGCCUCCCUGAGUGCUUUGCUCAGAUCUAUGCCAUCCACUCUUUCAUGGGCAUGGAGUCAGGCAUCUUCCUCUGCAUGGCUGUCGAUAGAUAUGUGGCCAUCUGUCACCCCCUUCGGUACCCCUCCAUAGUCACUGAGGCUUUUGUGAUCAAAGCCACACUGUCCAUGGUGCUCAGGAAUGGCCUGCUGACCAUCCCAGUGCCUGUCCUGGCUGCCCAGCGACACUACUGCUCCAGGAAUGAAACUGACCACUGCCUGUGCUCUAACUUGGGGGUCACCAGUCUGGCCUGUGAUGACAUCACUGUGAACAGAUUUUACCAGUUGGCCUUGGCAUGGGUUAUGGUUGGGAGUGACAUGGGUCUGGUGUUUGCUUCCUACGCUUUGAUUAUUUGCUCAGUGCUGAGGCUGAACUCUGCUGAAGCAACAUGGAAGGCCCUGAGCAUCUGCAGCUCCCAUCUCAUCCUCAUUCUCUUUUUCUACACAGCUGUUAUUGUUGUGUCUGUCACCCAGCUGCCAGGAAGAAAAGUCCUCAUCAUCCCUCUCAAGGUGCUACACAGUGUCACGCCCCCAGCCUUUAACCCCAUGGUGUAUGCCCUCUGGACCCAGGAGCUGAGAGUGGGCUUCCAGAAGGUGCUUGGUUUGGGUAACAAUGUGUCCAGGAAGUGA